GUGUUCAGCUGUGGAGCCGGAGGUUAUGAGGGUCACCUCUGUGGUUCCUGUCAGGGAUAGGAGCCUCCUAUACAUGUCUGCAGGGGACUGUGCUUGUCAGACUGCACAAAAGGGUGAGGAGGGGGGAUGUGGCCUUGCAGUCACCGGAGAGCGAGUGUCUGUGUCCCCCAGAACCCACACUGGUGGCUGCCAGUGGGACGAUCUCUGCAACUUGUGGACAUAUUUUGCAAAUUUUCCUUCCCCACCCACUAUGUAUUCAAAUGGAAGAGAACAAAAACUUUGUUCUGUUCAGUUUUUACUGAAACAAAAUUGAAGACUUCAACAGGAACUUGUGUCUAAUGCAAUACCUCACUUUACAAGGGUGCAGAAUCUCUGCUGUGUAAUAUAUAUGUGCUGCACCAUAGAAGAAAGAAAGCCACAAAGAAUCUGCAUUGGGCUUGGUAUAUUCUGCUUGGAAAUAGGCAGUUUGCUGUUUGGAAAGGGAUGAGAGACCCAGUAGCUCCAGGAUAUAAGUGUGAGAAGCCAGGGACGGAACAAGAUGAAGUUAAGCUGCAGAAUGCCAGCAAGCAGAUUGUGCAGACUGCUAUCCUCCGAGCAGUGCAGCAAGUUUCCCAGGAGAGCCAGCAAAAGGAGAAGCGAACAAACAGCAGUACAAGCCUCCAGCUAGAAAGAGGAAAACUAACCAAGAAGCAUGAAAAGAAGUAAAGAAGUGAGUUGGUUGUUUUCAGUCCUCCGGUCUGCAGUGUUUUCAGCCUUCUCUUUAGUAUCAGCUGUAUUACUAGUGCAAUGUUACUGUUGUAAAGCAAACCAAAGUAUAAUCACACCUAGACAUAGGGUAAAGCUGCAAUAGUCCUCAGCUGAGAAAUAUUAAGUGCAUUAGAUGACUAACUCCAUAUUAUUCAUGCAGUGCCUCUUAACAGAAACAAUAACCGUAGCUAUAAAGGUAGUUUCAAGCACAAGCUCUUAUGACAUGGACUUAUUCAAAAAGCUUGUUGUCAGUGCACUUUCAUGUAAGUUCUGCGUGCAACGUCUGUGUCAGUUCAGCUGAACGGACUCUUCUCUGACUUAUUGGGUUCACUGAAGCUGUCUUCAACGAAGAAAUAGUUUACUGUUGAGUGUAGCAGAAUGCUUUCAGGCUGCCUUGAAGCACGAGUUUGUACUUUGCUUUGAUUAAACAUGGACUGUGUGAAAUGGCAGUAUAAAGUGGCUUUGGUAAGUUCCGUGAACCAAUUUUUUUUUUUUUUCAUCUUGGGAGAAAAAAAAAAAAGUAGUCCAGUAAGACUGCUGUGACUGUGAUCCAUGACUGUGAUCAUAGACCUAUGAUCUAUGUCUUUUUUAAAGAAGUACUGAAGCUUUAGUCUACUUAUUUGAAAUACUUCUAUACUUCUGCGUAGAAAUCACUUGUGCCUCAACUAUUCCUUUUAAUUUUCUUGAUAUGGAAAGAAGAGAAACUGAUGUGCUGAUAUGAACUUGCCAGCUUUUCCUUCAGUUUUGCAACUUUGCUGGGACUUGAUUUAUAGAAAGUGAAGACUGGAAUGGCUUAAAAAAAGGGGUGGGUGGGUGUUGAAUUUAUUAAGAUCUUGAAGGAUGGAAAUAUACUGUGUCUAAAUUCUGUCGUGGUAGAUAUUUCUCACCUGCUGGGCAUAAAGUGACUUUAGAUGUUUGCAAUUGUUACAUAGAUUCACCUUAAAUAGCACUGCUUUAAGCUGGUAAUCCCGAAUUUAUCCUUUAACUGCUCUAUAUAGCUGAAGAAAUCCAUGAUGUUUCUGAAAAUACAAAUUAAAUAAAUGUAGCUUUCACUUUAAUGCUCCCUUACUGUAAUGAUGAUUGCACUAUUAUACAUCUGAAAUUAAUAACGGUAUAUUUAAUUCUAGAAAUCGCUUGUAGCUGUGCUUCAACUGAAUUCUUGAAGUAACGCACCUAGAAAUAUAGAGAAGCAGGUGCACAGGAUCUGCAGAGGAGACAAACUUUCUUACUUGUUUUUCUACUCAGAUGAUUCUCAAAGAGACUUUUGUUUAAGUAAUAGGCUAUUACUUGCUGUGUCCUACUGCUUGUGUUAAACAAUUUCAGGAUUUUUUCUUAUGGCUGGAGGCUUAGUCAUAAAUACUCACAUACUGUAAUAUUAAGCCUUUGAAAUUUGCUUGGUUCCUUUUUUUUUUUUUUUUAAUUUAACAGCACUGACUCAUACCAAAUAAUCAUUUAGCUCAAUCUUCUUUCACUUAAAAAGACAAAGAGGAAUUCGACAUGAUUGAAGUUCUAAAUCCUCUAAUAAUGAAAACUGACUUGGAUUGCAAGUACACAGUUGGUUCACUUCUGGAAGUGACUGAAAGACACUGGGUGAAAUUUUCCAGCCAAGAAAACUUUGAAAGGUGGAAGUAGUCUUGAGGCCUCUGUGUGUGUGUUUGUCAUAAUAGUAUUUUUUUUACUGUUAGCUUUUUCAUCAGUUGACCUUUGGUUGAGAGGUAGCCUUUUUCUAAGCACUCUUUGCAUCUUCACUUUCCGAGAGCCUAAGAAAACUGAUCAUGAGUAAAUGUUCAGUUCUGAGGCUGAUGGGCAGGCAAGUCUAGUGGAUGAGGCAGAGCAAGCCUGUUGUGAGAGACUCUGUGGUUCAAAAUGGUGUUUGCCAUGGACUCACCUAUAAGGCUGUAGGAAGGAGAGCUAUAGAACAGCAAAAUCCCCAUUUCUUUGGGAUCAUUCUACUUUUUUUAACACUUUUUGUUUCCAGAAAUUUGCAGUGUGUCUUUUUUUUUUUUUUUUUUUUUUUUUGGUAAUUAUUUUUAAAAUCUUCAUAUAGUUUGGAAACUUGUUUGCAUGCCCAAUUUUUUUUUUUAAUCAUCGUAUUAGAAAAAGAGGAAGUUCAAAAGCUAGUGAAUCCAGGCUUCAUAUUCCAUUCCUACUCUCACUAUGCUCUUCUGCAAUAUCCCCUUACUGUCCUAGCCCCUUUAGACACACUAUUACUCAACCAUUAAAUUGUUGUGGGAGAAUAAUGGACUUGCACAACUCUAUGAGAGUUAUAUCAAGCAAAGCUGUUUAUUUUUCCAAUAUUACAUACUUAUGCUCUCGCCAAAGCUCUUACUUCAUAACUAGCAAAUCAGCAAUUAGACAGCUAUCAACCGUUUCUCCUGUCAGCAUAAGACCACUAACACGUGCUGUGCAGACCAAUCAACUUCUUGUUCAUGCGCUGUUCUCACAGUUCAGUACUUUUCCACCGUUCAGUGUUGCAGCUGUCUGUUGUUUUUCCCUGCCACCUUGGCACAACUCAGCAGUUUCUUAUCUUUCUUCCAAGGCCUGUUUCUCAUCAAAGCCUUGCUGCUUCUCAGGGGCUGUGCAGAGCUGACUGGCCGAUGUUGACUUGCCUGUCUCCCACAUUAAAUCAUGUCCCAUCAUUUUCAGCGCUGUCAGGAGUAUAAUAUCUCAGAAGGAUAAAAAUGAUGAGAAUCCUAACAGAGACUUGAGGAAGUUUUCUAUGGUCUUCUAUCAAGUAAAAACAAAAACUGUAGCUUAAAUAACAUAGUUUUCCCUGAGAGAUAAAUCACGCAUCUCCUAUCUAUAGUACAUAUAUUCCUAAAUUAAGGCAUGCAUUUAGUAUCUCCUACUGACAAAGAGUGUUCUGCACACCACUUGUAACCAGGAUAUGUAGUUGAGAUCUGUACCGCAUGUGAGAGAACUGCACAAAAGAAAACUUUACCCUUGGCUUGUUAUAUGCUUACUACAUGGCGAAAGCGGGUAUUUUUGGUAUAUUCACUGACAGAUUAUAUUUUCUGCAGAAAAUACAGACUAUAGAAAUUAUUAGAGAUGUGAUGCAGGUCUGAUUACAAAUAAAAAUCCUCUUAAUA